UGUCUCCACUUGGAUCUUUCUUACUUACUCCAUUAUCUUCGCCUUCUCUCUCUCUCUCUCUCCCUCAUCUCAUUAAUGGCGAGCUCUACAUCUUUAGCGAUAGUUCUUCACCAGUCUUCCAAUAAUGACGAACUCUUCAUGAAGCAAACUCUUCAAUUCUCAGAAACUCUCAAGGAUUUGAAGAAUUUGCGGAAACAGUUGUACUCAGCUGCUGAGUAUUUCGAAACCUCUUACGGCAAAGAAGAACACAAAGAAACAGUCAUAGAGACGUUGAAAGAGUAUGCAGCAAAGGCAGUAGUGAACACAGUGGAUCAUCUCGGUUCUGUUUCCGACAAAUUCAACUCUUUUCUCUCUGAUAACUCGACCCAUUUCUCCACCACUCAUCUUCGUUUAUCUUCUCUUGAACAAAGGAUGAGACUAUGCAGAGAGUACAUGGGGAAGAGUGGGACUCAUCAGCAUUUGCUUCUAUUUCAAUAUCCUCGCCAUCAUAAGCGUUACUUCUUCCCUCAACAAGGAAGAGGCACAAGUUUCUCUGCAGGAGAUGACUCACACCGGUUCAAGAGUGCUGUUCGAUCAACAAUACUAGAAAACCCCCCAAAUACUGCAAGGAAAGCUAACAAGGCAGGGAGUUUCUCUUUUGCACCCAUCGUACACAACAACAUCAACAGCAGAACACCAAGUAAAAGAACAAACUCUCCUAUGAGAUUCCCUCUCUUACGUUCAGGAUCUCUACUGAAACGUUCAAGCUCCCCAAGCCAACCAAAGAAACCGCCCUUACCAGAACCACAAAGAGCAAUACCCGUGUCGAGAAGUACAGAGAUCGUGGAGAUAAAGCAAUCUUCAUCGCGAAAAGGGAAGAAGAUUCUGAUGCUCAAGGCAUUGAUGAGUAUGACCAAGUCCAGAAACUAAACCUCUUGUAUUUUGGUUAUCAAAGAUUUGUACAAAAUUGAUCUGAAAUAAGAGAGUUAUGCUCAUUGUUCCAAAUA